GCGAUAAGGAGUUGGGGUAAAGGGCGGAAACAGAUAUCACUUUCUCUCUCACUUGAUCAUUACAGAAAUGCCUUCUCAAAAGACAUUCAUCACCAAGGUUAAGCUUGGCAAGGCUAAGAAGCAAAACCGUCCUUUGCCUCACUGGUUCCGUCUCAAGACCGACACCAAGAUUCGUUGGAAUGCCAAGAGACGUAACUGGCGUCACACCAAGUUGAACAUCUAAAUCAUCGAUUCCCCCAUUCUACGACAUUUUAUUU